AUGCAGGCACAGGGGUGCGCAGGUGUCGGCAGGGGUUAUGCGGAGCUCUCGGUAGAUGUCGAUAGUGGCAAGCACAGGGGUGCGCAGGGCUCUCGGCAGCUGUCGGCAGGACUCAGCAUGAUGCUUGCAGGGGCUAUCGGCAAAUCUCGGCAGGUGCACGCACAAGGCUCGGCAGCUAUCGGUAAGGCUCGCAGGGGGCAGGCACAAGGCAAGGGCCGGUUCAGAUUUUAUGACGGCCGGUUCGGGUCAAUUCAGACCAGUUCAGGUGGUUAUGCCGCCGAUUCUGGGCUCCUUGGGAUUAUGGCUUCGAUAUGCUAUAAUGGGUUUGAGCCCGUUAAAUCCGCCCGUGACCGCCCAUGUAUUAUUUAUCUUCUCUUAUAUGUUUGUAGUAGCCCAAUUUUAUCUGUUAGCUGUACUUGCUCACGACGGACACUUGGGACUCCUCCCUCCCUCCCUCUGACAACCACCCAUGGAUCCAAAACACUCCUCACCGCGGCCACCACCUCUAACCCGACCCGGUCCCGAAUCCCAGUAAUCUUGUUCCGGAUUCAGCUGAUAGACGCCAAGAACUGGGCUUCAAGUCCCAUCCGGGUGUGUGACCGACAACGAGGUAGGAGCAGGAUGUCAAGCAGGAACGAAGAAGUUUUGAAGCUUAAAAACAAGAUUAUUGAAUGCCAAGAGGAAACGCUGCGGCUGUUGCAGGAGAAACAGGGGUGGCCUGCCAAAUCUAAUCUUAUGGAAGAGACAAAAGAAAGAGCUGUAGCUGACUUGACAAGACAAUCGACCGAAACAUCUGAAUUUGACAAGGAACUCAUCGAUCUGUACAAGGCCUUGAAGCGUGAGGAGAAGUCUGAAACCAAUCUAAAAGAUAUUUUUGACGCGAUGCAAGCUUCGCAUGAGGAAUAUAGGAAAGCUAUGGAAAAAAAGCUGACAGAAGUAGAGUGUACGUUGGAUACUGUAGAUAAGAGAUUGUCAGUGACGCUAGAAAAUCGCGUAGAGAUGGAGAAGAGACUAGAAAAUCUUAAUGUUUUCUGUGAGGCUGUGUAUUCUACUCUCAAAUCGAAGAAGUCUAACGGUGUCUCUCUUGUCAAAGAAGCUCAGCUUGAUCAUCCUGGUGGACAGAAUGGACGCAAAAUGCGAAAAAGGAGAGGGUCGAAGAAGUCUCAAUUGGAACCUUUGCUUAACAUAAAAUAAUGAAGACCUGUUUGGGCUGUUGGCUGUGAGUGGAACUUGUUUUACAUUUAGGAGUUCAGUUGUUUCUUACGUUCCUAAGACAUAGCUCGAUGUUCAAACUAUUCAUAAGACUUUUAUCUCUGCCCUCUUGACAUUGUUUAAACUACACUCUGGUUUCAUAUGUCUAUUUUGGUUAUUCUCUCUACCUUAGUUUGGUUAAUUCUUCAAAUGAUUAAAAUUGGUCCUGAA